AUGGAGGAGGGCUCGGCGGCUGCGGAGCCUUCGGGUAUGGCGCCCAAUGGCGUACUCACUGCGGCACAGCAGUCAAAGCUCGAUGAGGAUCUGAUUCAAGUUCGACUGGAGAACGAGCGUUACUUGCGGAAGCACCCCGAGCUACACGCCAUGCUUGACGUCUUUUCCCAGCGUGUACUGAGAGAACGCCCGAGCGAUCUGUCCAGCUUUGCGGCGUCCUUCUUUUCCGAUCCAGACCUGCAGUCCGUGGUAGAGGACAGUAUGCAGUAGUCACCCACCAAGUCAGGGCACGGCACUGAUCUGCACGGCCCUGCACUAUGCCGUACAGGUCGGUGCGGCUUAGCACGACUUGGUCAGGUUAGGCUGUCGAAAUUGACCAGUUCAUGCCUACCUGUCAAUCUCCCGCAUCCAUCAGCUGUGUUGCCCAAACUCAUCAGCCCAUCUCCU